AUGGAUAAAAAAACGAAUGAUCUUGAGUCACGCAUCAAGAGUCUUCGACGCGAGAACGCAGAUUAUCGGUGGUUUAUCCCUGAACUGCUUCUCCGCGAAGCAUUAUCAGAAGAUGUGGUCCGGAAGGCGUUACUGGACGUUGGGGCUAAACCAUACCAUCUUGACGAAAUAGUAAAGCAUGUUCUCACCAGCGGGAUUAAGAUUUUCGCUGUUCUCGUCUUAACUAACCAAGCUGCCAUGACUUCCAAGUUCAUUGAAGAGGGAGAAUUUCAGGAUCACAGGCUUCCCUUCAACCUGAAUACUUUGGACAAGCAGCUCUCACUUCCGGCUGCCAAGGAUUUCUACGAGAGGCAGUGGGAAUUCACAGCGCCCACCUUUUAUCGCGGCACGAUCCAUCGACUGCUCAACGACCGGUCCGUGCUUCCCUUCACCAAGGACAAGCGCAUUGGCAACGGCGCAUUUGGCACCGUAUACGAAAUCAAGUUGGAUCAAAGCCACCAGAAAAUGGAGGGAGCGUUUCAGAAUAGGCUGGUGAGAAAGGAACUAGAUGAUGCCGGAAGCCACAGGAUCGAGCUUGAAAACCUCGCAAUUCUUAGCCACUUAAGACAUCCGAACAUUUUGGAGCUCUUGGCUUCGUACACAUACAAAGGCAAACACAAUCUGGUUUUUCCUCUGGCCGAGGGCGGUACACUGGCCGAGCUCUUCGCUAGUGAUCGCCAAACAACACGCUUCAAAUCCAACCAGGCUUUCUUCAUUGCACUUACUCGUCUAUCAUCUGCUAUUGAGCACGUCCACAACUUUGUUGAGCGUCGGAUCGAUCUCAACCUCAUUGGCUGCCAUUAUGAUCUACGGCCUAAGAAUAUACUCGUCUCUAGAGACACAUUUCUCCUUGCCGACUUCGGUCUAUCAAGGUUUAAGCAGGCUUCCGAAAGUUCAGGAGCGUUGUUCAAGGAGGGAGCUGGGGACUACCGCGCACCGGAAUGUGAGGAUAUUGAUGACAAUCUCUUUCCAAAAUUUAUUGUGCGUCGAUCGAGCGACAUUUGGUCGUUUGGUUGUAUAAUGGCGGAGGCUGUUACAUAUAUGAUUCUCGGCCAAGACGGCGUAGAGGAGUUCAGAAAAGUGCGAAGUUUUAAGAAGGGACAAGGGCGAUAUUAUCUUUUCCACUGUGGGCUUGGCGAACCGAACGAAGCUGUAAUCAACUGGAUAUCGCAGUUAGAGCACAAAUCGCCGAGGGAGUGCAAGAUGCUCCUCAAACUGGUCCGGAAUAUGAUCGCAAUAGACGAAGAGAAACGGCCGAGGGCAAAAGAAGUUACAGCAAAACUACGGCUCAUUGCGCAACACGUGGUGGUCGAUUCUGUGGAGCAACUUUUCCGAGUUAUUCCUUUUGGAAGCUCCCUUGAUGCUCUUAUUGAACAGAAGAGAUUCCAGUCGUGGAAGUAUGCCCUUGGGAUGCUUGAUCAGGAGAGUGUUUCGGAUUCCACUAGGGACAUUUAUUGGGAGCACGAAUCUCAGUUUGACUCUACACUGGAUUGUCUUUACAAGAUCCGAGAUCUCCUGAAGUCUGCCUCCUCCCGGAAGCAAAGCAUGGCAGCAUUUCCUCAUAUUCCACUCAGUGAACUCAACGAUCGCCUUGAUGAGCUUCUGAAUGAGAGAUUGCAAGAGAAGUCCAGAGCUUACUUUAGAGCUUCCAUGGUUGAGGAUGAAGACAAUUUGUUUCUCCAAAUGGUUCGAGAUGAUGUCAAGGGGAUGUCUUUCCCCAAAGAGAUCAGAAUGCGAGCCACUCUAAAGUACAUGACCGAAUUAGCGAUGCAACACCAUGAAAGAGAUACGUACAAGCGGCAACUCGACGUAAAGAGUGUAAAGGUCGGAUCUGCAUUUGGUGACCACAACAUCGGGCGGUUCCAAGAGGGUGAUCUCUCCCACCCGGUGCUAGUGGAAUGGCGAUGGUAUGGGCGCCAAUCCUCAGAGAAGACAAUAAACCGUGAGCUUUUUGUUCGGGUCGACGCAAUAGCCGAUCUGCUAGGCCAAGAUAAACCCAAGGAGUUCUGUACACUCGACUGCAGAGGGUUCUUUCACGAUCCGAAUCAAUUUGCCUUCGGCGUCGUCUACGAUUACCCACGGGCUACGGCACCAUAUCAGGGCAAUCCACAACUUAAGUCUCUUCGCAAGUUAGUUACAGAAACCACCGCGUCAGUCAAACUUCACCCUACUCUUGACGAUAAAUUUAGGGUCGCGUACAUUCUAUCUCGAUCUAUAUUAGAGUUUCACCUGGUUGCAUGGCUGCAUAAACGAUUAAACUCAUCGAACAUCGCAUUCUUUGCCACGACCGAGCUGCUUCAGGACGAGUGGUUCCAGAUGCCAUACGUUGUUGGCUUCAACCACAGUCGUCCUGAUGAAAUCUCGGCUUUUACCGGGGGCCCCGAGGAUUCAGGCACUAAUCGUUAUCAACACCCUGCAUAUCUUAACACUACUCGAAGAUAUUGUGCAGAAUUUGAUUACUAUAGCCUUGGCAUCAUCCUCCUAGAAAUUGGGCUUUGGAGACCCCUGGACGAGAUAACUCGAAAGUAUAAAGGUACUCACGAGCAAAUUCGAGACAAGCUUCUCCAAGAGCGGGUACCAUUGCUCAAACAAUCAAUGGGUAGGCAUUAUUUUGAAGCCGUUAGGGUAUGUAUUGAAGGCGACUUUGAUCAGUCAGAACUUAAUGACGGACAUGGAGGCAACACAAAGUCCUUACAUCUUAGCUUUGAAAGAUUAGUUGUCAGUCGGUUGAACCAAUUCUCGAAUUGAGGUUAAUAUUCCUAUUUGACAAUAGUACCGAUGAACAAGGGCUCACUGUCGAAAAAGAGAACUCGAAAUAAAAGGGAUACGACAAACUUCAGCUUUAUAUUCCACAUAUUCGUUCUCAGAAAGUAUUCAUCAUGUCUUGACAACUUAUCUCGAUGGCUCUCCCCGUGUUCGUGUUAUGUUCGCAUUGGCUAUCCACCAUACAAAAGAUUUAAUUGACCAUAAAAGUCCCUCUCAAUACGU